AUGGUUGUUUUCAUUGUGGAAAGUUGCAAAGGUGAUUGCACAAAACGGUUCAGUGAAGACUUCAAUAAGGCCCAUAAUCGUGCGUUUGGAAAUCAUGUGCUUACGAGGAAGAAUGUGUCAUCUCCUGUGAUCUGUGGGCGAGACUGCUCUAUACAUCCACACUGUGCAUCAUUCAACUACUACACGUGUAGCCAUGUUUGUCAGUUGAACAAUGCUACUCAAUCUCAAAGCCCCGAUGACUUCAAUGAGCUGCAAGGAGUUGCCUACUAUGAUGACAACUUGGAAACUCCUUCACUUUCAGCACCAGACUCUGAACAGUUUAGUAGUUGUCUGAAGUUAUACCAGAAUGGUAGCCAUAAUAACGGCAUCUACAACAUCUACCCUGCCUGUCAGACUGAAGGAGUGAAGGUCUACUGUGAUAUGGAGAAAGAUGGAGGAGGCUGGAUCGUGUUGCAGAGGAGACAAGAUGGCUCAGUUUACUUUCAUCGUAAUUGGGCAGAAUACCAAUCUGGUUUUGGUAAUCUCUCUACUGAGUUCUGGCUGGGUAAUGACAUCAUACGUGACCUUACUACGUCAGGACAAUGGCAAUUAAUGGUAAAUAUGACUGAUUGGGACGGAACCACAGCUUGGGCCAGUUAUGAUGAGUUCGCUAUAUCAGGUGAUAAGUACACUCUCCAUGUUGGUUCCUAUGAUGGCAACAGUUCAGCUGGAGAUUCAAUGGCGUAUCAUAAUGGCCAGUCCUUCAGUACCAAGGAUCAGGACAAUGAUAGUUUUAUGUAUGGAAAAUGUGUAAGGGAAACAGGUAAUAGGGGAGGAUGGUGGUUUAACUACUGUAUGAAAUCUAAUCUAAAUGGCCAUUACCACCUUCAGGGUUAUGUGGAAUGGGAAAGCGGUUUAAAAUGGUCGAGCUGGAAAGGUUUAGAGUACUCCCUGAGGAUCUGCUCAAUGAAAAUACGAGAAGUCCUAUAA